GAACGACCACGACAGCCAACGACCGCACGAACGACAUGAAUGAACCCAAAAAAUCCGACCCUACAACUCAAGUAGUUCAUGAGGAAGCUACCGCAACCAAUAUAUCUUACUCUCAACCGCCAGCUGAACCCGUGGCAGAAAUAAUCUCGGCAGCACAACGCGGGGAUCUCAAUACCAUUCGUGAGCUCGUAGAGUCAGGGGAGUGCAAGGUCACAGACAGAGAUGACCAGAACGUCACUCCUCUUCACUGGGCAGCAAUAAAUGCCCAGCUUGCAACCUGCCGCUAUCUCAUAGAACAGGGCGCGGAAAUAGACGCAAUAGGGGGUGACCUAAAGGCUACCCCCCUGCAAUGGGCCGCUCGCAAUGGAUACCUCUACAUCGUGCAACUGCUCAUAUCCCACAAUGCUGAUCCAACCAUCGCUGACACCCAAGGUUACAACUCCCUCCACCUCGUGACACACUCAUCAUCAGUAAUGCCGCUCCUUUACUUAUUGCACCAACCUGUGAAUGUCGAUUCUCGUGACUUGCAAGGUCAUACGUCAUUGAUGUGGGCUGCGUAUCAAGGCGAUGCGUUGUCUGUGGAUCUUCUGCUUAAACACGGCGCGAAUCCUAACUUGAAAGAUGAUGCUGGACUUACGCCCUUACAUUGGGCUGUGGUCCGAGGCAAUCGAGUUAUCCUCCGGCGCCUGAUUGAAAUGGGGGCAGACAUACACGCAAAAGAUCUUGAGAGCCGUACACCAAGAGACAUGGCUGUUGAAUUAAAGAGCCUAGGCGCGUGGAAGAGAGCCAUGGAAGAGGGUGGCUUGACGGAACAUGGUGUAGGUAAAGCGAAACCAUUGAACGAGCGCCAUACAAAAAUCGCUAUCUUCAUUCUGCCUUCUUUGUUUCUAUAUUUCAUUUUUACAACGCUUACUAUUCUGCCAUGGUAUACCGGUAUCAUACUCGCCAUGGCUGAGUUUUUUGCCAUGCAUCAUAUCGUAACUCGGGUACUCUUGAAUAAGAACACCUACGUCGGAACGGUAAACCAAAGCCCAUAUUUCGCAGGCAUCAUCGCAGGGUCAAUGCUGUGGGUUGGUUACUGCUGGGUAACACGACUUGUGCAGCAGACAGAAUCGCAUGCUUUUGUCCACCUGGCUUUCGCAAUCAUAUUUGGUCUAUGUUUGUAUAACUUCUUCCGUGCUGUUACUUUGGACCCAGGUCUUUGCCCCCGGCCAGCACAUGAUGGAGAAUUGAAGGCAAUCAUCGAAGACCUUGCUUCAGAGGGCAGACUCAAUGGGCAAACAUUCUGCAUACAAUGCAUGGCAAGGAAACCCCUACGGUCAAAACAUUGUCGUGUUUGUGAUCGAUGUGUAGCGCGAAGUGAUCACCAUUGCCCAUGGGUCUGGAAUUGUGUUGGGGCAAAUAACCACAGGCAAUUUUUACUCUUUGUCUCGACAUUAGUCAUCGACAUCGUAUUGUUUGACUACCUUGUUUAUGAAUAUUUCUUGUCGACACCAUUGCCCGAAUCCGUUGACUGUUCCGCAAUCUUCUGCGAGCCAGCCUUGAAGGAUGCAUUCCUUCUUUGCGUCUCGCUGUGGUCAGCCCUGCAACUGACAUGGACUUCUGUGCUCCUCGUGACACAGUACUGGCAAGUGACCAAGCAGCUAACAACGUUCGAGGUCUCCAACAUCGGGCGUUUCGGCUUCAUGGGCGGUCGCGGCACCCUCGCUGCUGGCAGUGGAGGUGGUGGUGUCCAGAUGGGGCAUCGGCACCACCAUGGCGCUCACCAGCAGAAUGGCGACACCGACAGCGAAGCAGAGGCUAGUGCCCACAAACAGGCACAUAGCCACACUUUCUGCGGGGCCCUCACUGCACCCGGAACAUGUACUGCUUUCCUACUUAACCUCCUCGGUCUUGACCGGUUCACACGUGGACGUGCUGCACGCGGACUCACCUCGCAUGCACGCAAUCCAUUUGAUUUCGGAGCUGUACGGAAUUGCAGGGAUUUCUGGACCAUGGGCAAGGAGCUUGGCGUGGAGUAUGGCCAGGUGUAUGAUGUGCCCUUGGAAGGUUUCGAGGAGGCCAAGAGACGGAAGGAAGCGGAACGGGGCGACCUUGAGCACGAUCACGAAGGCUCCCACAGCAGCAGGAGUAAGAGUCUACUCGGCAAGCUCACCAUGCGGAUGGGUAUGGGCUCUAGUCGGAGAGGCUACGAACCCCUGAAUCAGGUCUAGCGUAUGUGGGUUUUUUGUGACGAUGAACUAUUUAUUUUGUUUACAAAUUGUACAUGUGGAUAUUACUUUACUACAGGUAUACACUAUCCAGAGUAUAAGCAUUAGUAUAUUCGGUUCUUAUCAUUUGAUUGACCAAACCGCAUUUGGUUUGCACUAACAUCUGUCACAAAAGCCGCUGC